UUUUUUAAGGCGGUAUGUUAUAUAUAUUAGUAUAUACAGUUUAGACACCCAAAGUCAUGAGACUCGAGUAGAAUCUAGUGAGUGUCGGUGUGUGAGAAAAGAGAGAGAGAGAUUGUACGUAACACAUUGCUCCGUAUUGCACAUGGGGUUUACUGCCACGACCUGUACGGCUACACGUUCAAAGAUCAAACUUCCAGACUAAAGAGAAAGAACAUUAUCAUUUUGAUGAUUUACAAUCAUAUUAUUUAUAAAUAAUAAUAAAUUAACAGCAAGUGUUAAGUAUUAUUAAAUAAUCUGUUAAAUAAAAUGUACACGGUGUCGAAAGGACCAAGUAAAAUUGUUGCGAAAACUCGCCGAGGAAUAAGUCAGAACCUUGACAGAUUAGAUACCUUGAGAGAUUUGACGAGAAAAUCGGAUCCUAGUGAAAAAGAAUGCGAUGAUGAAAUCGACCGUCAUGCACCAAAGCCCGUCUUCAAUGUCAAUGGAAAAUCAAAAAUUUCUUCACAAAGACAUAGGAUGCAGGAGGUCAUUACUCCUCAACACGAGGAGCUCAUUAAAUUUGUAUACGAAUCAUGGAGUCAGGUAGGCAGCUGUACAGGAAACGGAGUCUCUGAAGACUCACAUGAUUCUGAAAGAGGAGAUUUAAUCACGUCUUUGUAUUACAACGAUGGUGAACCAAAUGACGUUCUUCAAGAUUUCAAACCAUUCGACCUGGAGUCAUGGUGGGGAAAAAGAUUGUUCAAUAACAUCACAAAAUCUCUUUAAAAAACAAAUUUUUUAGGAGAAAGAGCUAAAGUUUUUUUAAAUGUGCAUAUUAACUUUUAACUAACGUAUAAUUAAAUAAAAAAAAAGUAAUGCUAGUAUAAAAAUAAUAAAAAAAGUCCCUGUGCUUGGGAAAAUAUCGCGGCGAAAUGAACAUUGCUCGAUUAUGUACAAUAUCCCGAACGAUAAUUAAGCCCAAAGUGUUUUUUAGAUGAUAUAUAUCAGCCGACAUAUAUAUAUAUCACAGCUGUUGUUAGUAUGGUUAUUAUUAAUGAUGUUAUUUGUUGAUGCAACGAUUUAUUGAAGGGAGAGACAAAGGUUGUUGAUGAUUUUAUAAAAUUAAAUUACUGUACAUAUGCGUUAAAAAAAAAAAUGAAGAAAAUUGUUUUGCAGGAGUGAAAGAAAGUGUGAGAGAAAGAAUGAUAUAAAUAUAAAUAAACUUUUCUAUUAAAAAAAAAUAAUAAUCUACUCUCGCACACCAAUAGAAUAUUUAACAAUUUAUUUAGUGUAUCUUUGUAGACUGAUAUUUUUUAAGAUUGUUAUAUGUUCAUUUAAAGAGGCUCUGUAAUCAUUAAUGAAUGAAUGAAAAAAGAAAAAAAAAUAGUUGAUAAUAAUAAUAAUAAAUCAUUUGUUUACAGAGAUUUAUUUCCAUCGCGAUUUGUAGUCCAUUUUAUUGUAGUGCAAUAGUUUACUAUUAUAUUUUUUAGCCGAAAUCGGCUGAAAAAAACCAAUUGUUAAUGAUAUGAGUAUAAAUAUAUCUUUGUAUACCACUCAA